AUGGCAAGUCUCGAGAAACUUUUGAGGGAAUGUCCCGAGGAUAUUCUGUUGCCCAACGAAAAUAUACAGCGGGCGGCUGUAAGCGGUAUUAAGGAGGCCCUGGAUCCCGUAGCUGCCGACUAUUCGGUCCUCGACACUGUUCAUGUCGACGGUCUGGAUGUGGAUCAGGUCUGGGUGCAAGCACAGAUGAUUGUGGACAGCGCGAUUGAUAAGCUUUUCGGUCGCCUUAGUGAGCUCGCUGGUCCAGAAAGCGCUGAGGCUAGUGAAUCAGAGAGUGAGCCUGAAGAAAAACUCGAGGGGACCAGCGAGCUUGAAGACGAGGCUAGCGAAGAUGAGGCUGGAUCAAUCAGUAAUGAAGACGAUGACGACGAGGUUUUUGACGGCGUAGAUGACUUUGACGAGGCAGACUUUGUGAAUGAAGAUGAUUCGGAGCAGGGCGCUAAGGACAGUGACGAGAGUGAAGGCGAGGAACUUAGCGACCAGGAGCCCAAAACCGAUUUGGAAAAACUAAACUCUGGUUUGUUCCAGCUUGAGGAUUUCCAGCAACAAGUCCUUGCUCUUGAAAAUGAGCCUCAAGAAGACGAUGAGAUUGACUAUUUCGGCGAUCUUCCCGAAGACGAGUCUGAAUCCGACGAGGAUGUGCGAUACAACGACUUUUUCGCUCCACCCAAAAAGAAGACCAAAAAACCUGUCAGAUCCAAGCCAACACAACAACCAGCAGCCGAGUUGGAGGACGAGGACAAGGUUGAGGAAGCCAUGGAGUCUGCUCGGAUGGACCUGUUUGCCAGCGAAGAAGAUGAGGAAGAAUUCGAUGAAGAAGCCGGCGGAAAACUCAGUACCUUUGAGAAACAGCAGCGGGACCUAGAGCGUCAAAUCGCCCAGCUCGAAGACGAAAACGUCGGGCAAAAAGAAUGGGCUUUACGAGGUGAAAUCACUGCCGGUCAGCGUCCUCAAGACUCUCUCGUCAAUUCGGAAAUUGAUUUCGAUCGUAAUGCCAAACCUGCGCCGGUCAUUACUUCCGAAACUACUCAAAACCUUGAGGAUAUGAUUCGUGAGCGAAUCAAAAAACAGCUUUUCGACGGCUUGGCUCGUCGCUUGCCAACCUCUGACCUCGCACAUAAAAAGAAUCGUGAACUUACUCAGGUUCAAGAGACCAAAUCGCAGAAAUCGCUGGCCGAACUCUACGAAGAAGAUCAGCUCCGUAAAGAAAAUCCUGACUACUUUGCAAAGCAGGACACCCAAGCCAUGGACGCUGCCCACAAAGAGAUCGUGGAUUUAUUUUCAGUUCUCAGUCGCAAGCUAGAUGCUCUGUGUUCUUGGAACUACACUCCAAAAGCCCCCAAGCCUUCUAUCAAUAUUGUUUCGGAUGCUGCUGCUAUCUCCAUGGAGGAAGCUCAGCCCUCAACUAUGGCAACUGAAUCCAUGUUGGCUCCUCAAGAGGUUUACAAAGCUUCUUCAGGAUCCAAAGAGGAGGUCGUUGGGGCUAAUGCUUUGCCAAUUGCCAAAAGCGAGCUCACUCCAGACGAGCGCCGUCGUAUGCGUCGCAGAGCCAAGGCAAAGGCUGCCAAGUCGAAAUCGAAAACGGAAGAAGAGUCGAAGCCUGUUGAGAACAAAAAGGACAAGAAUGCUAUGUUUGAAACACUUAAAAAGGGCAAUGUCACAAUGGUGGACAAGAGGGGUCAAAAACGCGAUAUGCGCGGCAACCUGGUCAAAGAAAAGAAACAACUCACAGCAAGUCACGUCAAGCUUUAA